AAAUCCGCACAGAAGCUGUCAUGCAAGCUCUGGCUAUGCAAAGCAGGAAAGUGCCUGUGAUGCCGCUACCAUCCAAACGGACAUCUGUAAACUACCAGGGACAGCAGAGAAGAGAACGCCAAGACUCAUCAUCUGACGAUGACAGUGUAUUUGACGAGGAGCAGCUACGAAAUUUCCAGCGUGGCGGUCAUACACGGGACUCUGGCGCCAGUUCCAGUUCUUAUUCAGAUCAUGGUGCCUCACCGUACCACGGCGGGGGAGGUGGAGGAGGGGGACCGUCGGAGAGACCACGAAGUGCACAGUUGUCUAACUAUGCCAUCCCCGGAAAUACAGCCAGACAUGCUCUAGCUGAUGUGAUGCAGAAUGCCCGGCUGUCCCAUCAGUUAGCAUCACAGCCCCCUGAUGUUACCAACAACGCAAAGACAACUCGUCAGGCUGACAGGGUAGGCAGAUACAACCAGUCAUCUGUGCGGGUGAAUGCCUCAGGAGGUGUUUCUGGGAUGAUCGAUGAAGAUGCACCAGCUCAUGGCAAAGUGUCUGCAAAAAUACAGCAGCUGUUGAAUACGUUAAAAAGACCAAAAAGGAAGCCACUGAGGGAGUACUUUGUUGACGAAGAGGAGGCAACGUUAGAAACUCCUACAACAGAUCCUAAUGCACCAAAACCUGAAGGAAAAGAACUUGUGCCACAACCAGGGGAACCUCUUGUGAUCCCGUCAGGCUUGCCUAUAGAUCUUGAAGGAGCACUGAAGCGCUAUGGCUCUUCUACAUACAAGGCUAAUGCAAUAACAGUGCUUGAUGCCAACGGCAAGCCCACAUUCAAUCUCACUUAUGGAAAAUUGCUUAGCCGAGCCCAGAAGAUAGCAUACAGCUUGUUGUAUAAAGUAGGACAGAAGGGAGAACCUGUUCGACAAGGAGACAGGGUUGCUUUAGUGUACCCAAACAACGACCCGAUAUCUUUUGUCUGUGCUUUCUACGGCUGCGUGUUGGCUGGAGUUGUCCCAGUACCUGUUGAGGUUCCUUUAUCAAAAAGAGGUGGCACAUCAGAUAAUGCUGGUGGAGCAGGAGUAGGCUUUCUGCUUGGUAGCUUGAGUGCCUGCUGGGCCCUUACUUCAGAGAACUGUUUUAAAGGCCUACCCAAGUCAUCAAGUGGAGAGGUUGUCACAUUCAAAGGCUGGCCAAAAUUAAACUGGUUCAUAACAGAGAACCUUAGCAAGCCAUCACGAGACUGGAGACCACCGCCGAAACCUAGCGGGGAUGUUCCUGCUUACAUUGAGUAUGCUCUGAACAAAGAUGGCAGCACUGUAGGAGUAGUGGUUACAAGGAAUAACAUGCUCUGCCACUGUCAGACAUUGACAAUAGCAGCAAACUACACAGAAGGUGAAGUGAUGGUAUGUGUGCUAGACUUCAAGAGAGAAGUUGGUCUGUGGCACGGCAUUUUGUGCAGUGUAUUUAAUGGAAUGCACGUGAUAUUUAUUCCAUAUUCACUGAUGAAAGUGGAUCCUGCUUCAUGGAUGAAAAUGGUUACCAAAUACAAAGCUACGGUGGCCAUUGUGAAGUCAAGAGACAUGCACUGGGGUUUGCUCGCUCAGAAGGACCAUAAAGAUAUCAACUUCAGUUCACUUCGAUUACUACUGAUUGCUGAUGGUGCUAACCCAUGGUCUUUAACAUCUUGUGAUUCAUUUCUAAGUGCUUUUCAAAGCAAAGGUCUGAGACCAGAGGCCAUAUGCCCUUGUGCCAGCUCAUCUGAGGCCCUCACAGUCUCCAUCAGAAGGCCUGGGCGAACUAGCUCGAGUGCUACUGGCCGGGGUAUUCUGUCUAUGCAGGGUUUGAGUUUUGGCGUGGUCAGAGUGGACAGUGAGAACAGUUUAACUUCUCUGACGUUACAAGACUGUGGACAGGUCAUGCCUGGAGCCACAAUGGUAGUGAUAAAACUGGAUGGGUUACCCCAGUUAUGCAGAGCAGAUGAGGUCGGUGAGCUCUGCGUCAGUUCAGGCUACACAGGUUCCAGCUACUGGGGGCUUCAAGGCAUCACACAGACGACUUUCCAGGUUCAGCCCAUUCAGGAAGAUGGCAAAAUCCUGACCGACAAGACUUAUGUUCGCACUGGACUCAUUGGUUUUCUUGGCCCUGGUGGAUUAGUGUUUGUGUGUGGCAGUAAGGAAGGCUUGAUGCAGAUUUCCAAUAGAAGACACAACACAGAUGACAUCAUUGCCACUGUCCUGGCUGUGGAGCCUAUGAAGUUCAUCUACAGGGGCAGGAUUGCUGUAUUUUCUAUCAAAGUGCUUAAGGAUGAAAGAAUCGUAAUAAUUGCAGAACAAAGGCCAGAUUGUACAGAGGAAGAGAGUUUUCAGUGGAUGAGCAGAGUGUUGCAAGCUGUUGACAGCAUUCAUCAAGUUGGAGUCUACUGCCUGGCUCUGGUACCACCCAAUUAUCUCCCAAAGACACCCCUGGGAGGCAUCCAUCUGCAUGAUACCAAGAAAAAGUUCCUGGAAGGAUCCCUGCACCCUGCCAAUGUGUUGAUGUGCCCACACACCUGUGUCACCAACUUGCCCAAACCAAGGGAGGUUCACCCAGAUGUCAAACCUUCAGCAGUUCAUGUCGGAAACAUUGUCCAGGGGGCUAGGAUGGCCUGGGCCCAAGGCCGUGAUCUUGGACUCUCAGAAGAAGAUGCUGAUUCCAGCAGAAAGCAUCAGUUCCUGACAGAAAUCAUGCGCUGGAGGUCACUGACAACACCUGAUCACAUUCUGUACACCAUGCUCAACUCUAAGAAUCAGAUUGCAGUUACCUACAGCUGCUCACAGCUUCACAAGAGAGCAGAGAAGAUUGGCUGUUUGUUGAUGGAGAAAGGCAGACUCAACACUGGCGAUCAUGUGGCUCUGGUGUUUCCCCCAGGUGUUGAGUUAAUCUCUGCAUUCUACGGGUGCUUGUAUGUUGGUUGUGUGCCAGUGCCCAUCAGGCCACCCCACCCACAGAACGUGGCAUCCACUCUACCCACAGUUCACAUGAUUGUUGAAGUCAGCAAAUCUGUAGCCAUUCUCACCAACAGUGCAAUAAUCAAACUGUUAAAAUCCAAGGAAGCUUCAGCUGUCAUAGACUCCAAGACUUGGACAAACCUUCUGGAUACUGACGACCUGCCCAAGAGAAAGCUGGCGGCUGUGUACCGAGCACCAACCCCAGAGAUGAUCUGCUAUCUGGACUUCAGUGUGUCCACGACUGGCAUGUUGGCGGGAGUCAAGAUUUCUCAUGCAUCAGCUACAGCACUGUGUAGGGCCCAAAAGUUGCAGUGUGAGCUCUACCCAUCAAGGGAUGUGGCUUUGUGUUUGGAUCCUUACAGCGGCCUGGGAUUUGUCCUCUGGUGUCUGAGCAGCAUCUAUUCUGGUCAUCAUUCCAUCCUAAUUCCUCCAUCAGAAGUAGAAACAAACCCAGCUGUGUGGCUUACUGCAGUCAGCCAGUUUAAAGUGCGGGACACCUUCUGUUCCUAUGGAGUAAUGGAACUGUGCACUCGUGGUCUAGGAACAUCUACCACAUCACUGAAGACCAAGGGAGUCAACCUGGCCUGUGUGAGAGCUUGUUGUGUGAUUGCCGAGGAGAGGCCCAGGAUUCUGUUGACCACCUCAUUUACUAAACUGUUUGCCAGUCUCGGCCUUAGCCCUAGAGCAGUCAGCACCAGCUUUGGCUGUAGAGUCAAUGUGGGCAUCUGUUUGCAGGGAGCCUCCUGCCCUGAGACGACCACUGCUUAUGUGGACAUGAGAGCUUUGAGAAAUGACAGAGUGACUCUGGUGGAGAAGGGAAGCCCACAUUCCUUGUGUCUGUUAGAAUCUGGCAAG